GUGUUGUGUCGUCUUGUUGAUACGACAAAAUGCCGGUUCGGUCUAGGCACACCAGCCUGCCCCGACACCGACGAGUGACGGCGAUUUUCCUGUCGCCCCUGAUGCCGGCGAGGGGCCAGCCAGACCCGUCGAUGCGGCGACCGCGGUACCAGCUGACGCUGUCGAGCAAGAUCGCGCGCAUUUCACUGGUACUGCAUCGCAGUGUCGCCACCAUGCACGGAGGACGCCAGAGGACGACCCGUCAGUCUUUACGGCCCGUGCGCUGGACCGGCACGGGUCACACGCUCGGUAAAGUAGCUGGCGUGCGCACGCAGCUCGACAUCAUCUGUGGUGUCAUCCCAGCCUUUCUUCACGGCCCGCGCGCUGGGCCGGCGCGGGUCACACGCUCUGUGAGUAGCUGGCCUGCGCACGCAGCUCGACAUCAUCUGUGGUGUCAUCCCAGCCUUUCGUCAGAUCAUUCACUCGUUGCUUCAGCCAUGCCGCCGCCGGCCGCAGUCAUCCGGCCACGGGGGAGAUAAGUGAUAGGCUGACCACACCACAAGACCAGUGCUCUCCGUGUAAAUAUCACGACCGGAAGUGCGCGAGCUACUGACUGGGAGACGGCGCUCGCGCUGACGCUGUUUCCUCGACGUUUAUGCAGCUCCUGGCGAGGUGACCGGUCUUGCUGCAGGUCUAAUAACGCCGUGCCCGGACCGCGGUGGACCGUGGCGACCCGCUGGUCUGACCGACCGGCCGGUGUCUUGGCGUCUCACACCCGCUGCUGCCGAGAACACAUUCGUCACUCAGCACUGACCGCGCCAGGAUGCUGGCCAGAUCUGCAGGCCUUCUGCGCGCGUGUCGGCCCGAAUUGUGCUGCUAACGGCAUCUGGUAGCCUGGCGAUGAAAGCACUGGCGAUAAAAGCACCUACCCGAAUGCAAGCCGAGUGCAGCAAAAGAUGCUCCUCCAGUGUGGAAACCGAGCGUCGUGCGCGCUCCAAAUUCUAAUGCAACCAAUCUUUGCAGGCCUUUGACUUUGAAAAUUUCACCGGCGCAGUUCGCACAGUUUCGGAGCAAUAACCCGCCAACAGGGACAGACUCAAAUACAUCCAUACAUAGUUUUACAGUUUUAUAAUAGUAAUUUAAGUUAUAAGAGUGAAAAGAAAUAACUUCAUGCUCAUUAAUAUCGAAAUUAAAAAUGUUAAUCCAGAAUAUAUUGUUAUGAAUGAGAUAAAA